AUGAUUAGAAGACAAAAUUCACUACCUGAAAUUCUCUCUAUUAUUCAAGAAAAAAAGAAAGCCUAACUUUAAAAACAACAAUCUCUUUAAAUACCUGAAUAAGAUCCUCAACCAGUAUUCAAAUAUGUUUUACAUGAACAUCAGGAAAGAAUUCAAUUGGCGAAAAUGUUUUAUAAGAAUCUAAAAAAAAGAUCAAUUGCAAGGAAUGUCAAUGAAAUUAAAAGCAUGGCUACCUUAAAUGGGUUUUAAUUGAAAUAAGGCUAAGUUACGAGAUAAAAAUUAUAUGUUGAAUAAAAUUAGAUUCAAGAAAACCCUUAAAUAUAUCUCAAUUAGAAAAUAUUUCCACAAAAAUCAAGUCCAAUAAAAACCAAUUAAAGAACCUCUCCAAUACACAGAUCAAGAGCAUUUACUACCAAGUCUAGUUUCCAUCUGAAGAGUAUGGAUCUCACAAAAAAUGAAACCAUGAUAUCCUUGAAAAAAUCUAAUGAAGAUAAGCCAACGAUUAAAACACGAGAAGUAGACGACAUCAAAGGCUAAGCUAAAUUAUUCACUAUAGUGUAUAAAUCAUUGAAAUUUCAAAAUUGA